AUGCAUCCCCAUCUUCAUACCAAAGACAACAAGAACUGCGAGGAGGUCAUGAAUGCCCUCGAAGAAUGUCACGCCCGCGGAUUUCUCUGGAAGUCUAUGGGCAUGUGUACCAAGGCAAAGCACCAAGUCAACAUGUGUCUGCGUGUCGAGCGUCUUGAACGCACUCGCCAGAACCGCGAAGUAGCCAAGGAGAAGCGAGCAAAGGUCGAAUCCGUAUGGGCCGAAAUCGAUGCCAACUCAUGA